AAUAACACAAGGCAGACGUUGUCCGCUCACUCAAAUAAAAAUAUUUGCACUAUUAAUUCACAAAGGGCGAGGAGACCUCGCAACAACUUAUAUAAGAUAACCUGUUCAACAAGUAUUUAAACACGUGACCAUAUGUCCUGGAUUGAGAUGGGUCCCACCCACAUCAGUAUCAGCUACCUGCAGUUACAAGGCGCACACGGGGAUAAUGGCACUGUUAUACUUAAGGUUCAAUCGAUUCCUUGUCCUGAUUGUCGGGAUUCAUCUUGGAACUCUUGGCCUGUAUCUUACGUUCAGAUCCUCGUCACAGAACGUCCUUGCCCUGCUUAUAGAACGAUUGGUGGGCAUUGUAUUCAUGUUGGCCUCAGUGGUAGCAGCAGACAUAUACAGAUCCAAGCCCGUACACUCCCAUACAUGGAGUUCCAUGCUACAACAAUACGUCAGCUUCAAGAAGCUCCUCAUCCAACAUUACCAUCUCAAGAGAAAGAUUCUAGCUCCUAUGCAGGACGUGAAAACCGCCCAGGCUCACCUUCUCAGAGACAUCCUCAAUCAAAGAGCAGAGGUGGCAUAUGGUAAAGAUUUCAAAUUCAGUGACAUAAAAACGGUAGAGGAAUUUCUCGCCAGGCACCCACUAACCACGUACAUACACUAUGACUCGUACGUGUCUCGUGUGGUUGAUGGAGAGCGUGAUGUCAUGUUUCCGGGAGCUCCCCAAUACAUCGUCCUUUCUUCGGGAACAACCUCGGGAAAAAGUAAAAGACAUCCAAAGGAUAUGAAAUGUUUCGGUAAAAUGAGUUGGAUGUAUUUUGUCUAUCUCAGAACCACACUGUUCCGGUUUCGACACAUGUCAAAGCUGCAAUUAUGGCAUGAUAUCCGUGUUAAACCGUCCAUCACCAAGUCAGAUCUGGGUGUUCCUAUGGGUGCCGGAAGUGGGUCAGCAUAUUUUAUAUGUCCCUUCUCUGCGUCACCACCGGAAGUGUACACCAUGGAAAAGGAGAAGACGGUUUUGUAUCUUCACUCGUUAUUUGGGCUCAAAGAAAAAUACGUGACACUCUUCAGUUCACUGGGAACUCCGACUGCGCUCAUUUUCUUUAAAACCAUUCAGAAGUACUGGAAACAGUUGUGUGAAGAUAUCGAAUCCGGGACAAUAAACCAAACCGUUGACCUUGAACCUGGCAUGAGGCAAAAACUAGAGACGUCCUUGACCCCAGAUCCAGAAAGAGCCGAUGAACUUCGGAAGAUAUUUCGUAAAGGAACUUCUCACUUCGGUCCACUUGUGUGGCCGAACUUCGCAGCCCUCCACGCUCCGGGAACUGGAGCCUUUUCAUUUGCUACCGAGCUUCUGAAGAAGAACUUUCUGGGAGGAGUACCACUAUCAUCCGGCGUCCAUAUCUCGUCUGAGAGUCUGUACGGUCUUAACCUGCACGUGGAGGAUCAGACAAAGACGGAGUACACAAUCCUGCCGUGUCUGAACUUCUAUGAGUUCAUACCUAAAGACUGUAUAGACAAGGAGGAUCCUACGACUGUUCAGGCUCACGAGGUUGAGGUUGGUGGAGAGUAUGAGAUGGUGGUGACGACAUGGAUGGGACUGUACAGAUAUAGGACCGGGGACGUCGUGCGAGUCAGCAGCUUCACGGGGACGACUCCCAACUACACCUUCUCCCAGAGAUCGUCUGACUGUCUCAAUAAGUACCCUGAGAUAUUGUUCACGAAGGCCGUUCACGAUGCUGCUAGAACGUGGAGGUCGGGAACAUCGUUAUACAGCUACAUGGCAUGUAUGAACCAACACAUCGAUGACGUAACAGGUGACGUUUCUUGUGAACGGUGCUUCUAUAUAUUUCUGGAGCUUGAAGAUGACUCUACCUUAUCAGAUGAAGACAAAGAAAAGGUUGACGUUGCAUUACAAUCCCACUUUGAGUUCUACCAUGAAAUCCGCUCAACGAGUGUGUUUGUCGACCCUGUAGUGAUCCAGGUCAAGUCCGGGACGCUUGACGUCAUCAAGCAGGUCAACUGUGACCUCAACUCAAAGGCUGCAGUACAGCAGUACAAGUACCCGAAGUUUACGACGAAACUCGAAUUGAUACGAAUCCUGUUGGCAAACAAGUUGUGAUUGGUAAUUGUGGCAAUAUUUAUUUUCCCGAGAAUGGAGAAAUAACGGACUCUUGAAGUACUUGGUGGCCAAAGAAACUAUGGACUCUUUUAGUACUUGGCGUCCUGAGGAACCAUAGACUCUUAACACUCUUCCCUGAAUCUCUUUGAGAAACAUUUUGUGAAGGUUAAAUGGUGCUUACAUUCAGGUUGGGUUUCGGGGGAUUUUUGAGAGAAUUUUAUGACUGAUUCCUAUCACUGCUGUGGCACAAACUUAGUUGACAUGCUGAGGAACCAUGGACUCCUAAUGUAUUUGGUAUCCAAAAACACCCCAGACACUUUAAGUAGUUGACGUCCUGUGGACUCACAAGGUACUUGACAUACCGACCAACCAUGUAGUCUUAACGUACUUGGCGUGCUGAGGAACUAUUGACUCUUAAAGUACUUGGUGUCCUGAGGAACGAUUGAAAGUGUAAGUAGUUGGUGUCCUGAGGAACUAUGUGCUUUAAAUGUACUUAGCGUCCUGAUGAACCAUAGACUCUUAAUACCCUACGUUGAAUCUAUUUGAGAAACAUUUUAUUAAGGUUAAAUGGUCUAAGUAUCAAAAUGAAUAAACUUGUAUGCAGUAUUUAUGAGAAUGUAAGGGUGUGUGUACGUAACAAUAAUGAAAUUUCAAAAACUUUUAUCAGCCAGUUAGGAGUUAGACAAGGGUGCAUUUUA